UCUUAGCUGGCCCAGUAUCACAGAAAACGUACUGUUCCAGUUGUAAACAACACGACGGGAGGGUGAGAGCGAUCCUUACAAUGUUGUUCUCUCGAAGUGUCGGUGGCUGUGUUUUGCUAUCGUUUCUUCUUCUCGCGUUCAUUUAUGGAGUUAUGUCCGAUUCCAGUCUGAGGAACCGAGCACUAGAGUUGAUGAAAAAAUAUCCUCUGAUUGAUGGACAUAAUGAUCUUGCUUUGCGUCUGAGGAUCCUUCACAACAAUCAACUCAGCAAAGUUAACCUCCACACCAUUAAAGAUGUGGCGACAGAUAUUAAUCGACUCAUUGCCGGUCAUGUGGGAGGAGAGAUGUUUGCGGCCUACGUGAUGUGCACCGCUCAGGGGAAAGAUGCGGUGAGACUGACACUAGAACAGAUCGACUUGCUCAGACGCAUGUGCACAGAGAGUCCGGAGAUGGAGCUAAUCACUACGGCCGAAGGUUUGAACAACACUAAGCGAAUUGGAUGCCUGCUCAGUGUGGAGGGAGGUCAUUCCAUUGACAGCAGUCUGCCCACUCUCCGAAUGCUUUACCAGCUGGGAGUCCGCUCCAUGGCCCUCACACACUCCUGCAACACACCCUGGGCAGAGUCUUCCUCUAAAUAUUAUCUUGACUACAGGAGAGAGAACAACAGCCUCACAGAAUUUGGAAAGGCUGUUGUAAGUGAAAUGAACAGACUGGGGAUGAUCAUUGACCUGUCCCACAGUUCAUGGGCAACAGCAAAAGCUACCAUGGAUCAUUCUAGAGCUCCAGUCAUCUUCAGCCACUCCUCUGCUUAUAAAAUCUGCAACCAUACCCGCAAUGUGCCCGAUGAUCUGCUCCUUCAGUUGAAAAAGAAUAAAGGACUCAUUAUGGUGAAUUUUCACGAUAAAUUCAUAGUUUGUCACGGUCAAGCAAGCGUGUCCACUGUCGCUGAUCAUUUUGAUCACUUCCGGCAUGUGGUUGGAGCCGAGAUGAUCGGGAUCGGAGGAGAUUUUGAUGGGGCUGUCGGGUUUCCGCAGGGUCUGGAGGAUGUUUCCCAUUAUCCAGCUUUGAUCCAGGAGCUCCUGAGGAGAGGGUGGACUGAGGAGGAGCUGGCAGCAGUCUUAAGACUCAAUUUCAUCCGUGUGUUUAAGGAGGUGGAGAAGGUACGAGAUAGUCUGAGGGACACGCCUCCUAGCGAAGUGGAAAUACCAUUUGCUGAAGCAAACAACUCCUGUCGAUUGAUUCUGAGACCUCCGGGCAUUGCGACAGUGGGUGGGGUCCAUGCUAGAAACUGUCAGCGUGGCCUUGUGACUGUGAAUGCCCUUAUCUGGACCAUUCUUCUAGUUUGCGGCUCUCUCAGCUGAUCCACUCAUCCAAAGAAAGGCAUUAUACACGGCCUAUUCUAAGUCCGGCUCUACCGGCACCACCAUGGAUCACACACCAGUCUGGGUACAAAUCUGUGGUAUCCAUGACGUUGCUAAAGCC